UGAAAAAUCCUUCCUUUGCCUUCUUACCACUACCAAAACCUCAUAAACCCUCUAAUUUCUGAGGUUUUGCAUUAACAAAAAGGAUGGCGAGGGAGUUCCCGGACGACUUUAUGUGCCCGAUAUCGCUUGAGAUAAUGUCCGACCCGGUAAUCCUGUCAUCGGGUCACACCUUCGAUCGCGCCUCAAUCCAGCGAUGGUUGGACUCCGGCCACCGCACCUGUCCGAUUACCAAGCUGCCUCUCCCUGAGCACCCAUCUCUCAUCCCCAAUCACGCUUUAAGGUCCUUAAUUUCCAACUAUACUAACAUUUCCCUUCCAAAAUCACAAUCCUGCUCUGAACCCCAAGCACCCAUAUCCAUUCUAACUUCUCGAUCUUCUUCACUUGAGUCAAAGUUGGAGUCUUUGAGCCAACUGGGUAGACUCAGCAAGGGAGACUCGGCUCUCCGUCGUAGGCUCACCGAGGCAGGGGCUGUUCCUGUAGUUCUCCGUUGUGUUGAUUCGUACGACCCGGGUUUGCAAGAGAAGGCGCUUUCUUUGCUUCUUAAUCUCAGCCUUGACGAUGAUAAUAAAGUGGGUUUGGUUGCAGAAGGCGCAGUUAAUCGGGUCGUGAAGGUUUUGCGUGUUGGGUCACCGGAUUGCAGGGCUAUAGCGGCCACGCUGAUUACGAGUUUGGCGGUCGUUGAAGUGAAUAAGGCCAUAAUUGGAGCGUAUCCAGAUGCGAUACCGGCGUUGGUUUCGCUUCUUAUUGAAGGAGAAGGCAGAGAGAAGAAAGAGGCUGCAACUGCCCUUUAUGCCAUAUCUUCUUUUGCUGAUAAUAGAAGAAGAGCCAUAGUCUGCGGAGCUGUGCCUAUAUUAAUGAAAUUAUUAGAUUUAGGGCUUGAAAGAGCUAUUGAAGUGCUAGGGGUUUUAGUAAAGUGCAAGGAGGGGAGAGAAGAGAUGGAGAAGGUUGAUGGUUGUGUUAAAGUUUUGGUUUGGGUGUUGAGAAAUGGUAGUGCUAGAGGGGUGCAGUAUGCUUUGUUUACAUUGAACUGUUUAUCCUGUUAUAGUGAGGAAAUUUGUUUGGAAUUGAGAAGUGAAGGGGUUAUGGAGAUUUGUAUUGGGUUACUGGAGGAUGAUAACGAUAAGAUUAGACGGAAUGCAUCAACUUUGCUUCAGACUUUGAGAGGGAAUCGAGCUCUAAGGUAAUUACUAAGAUUUGGUGUUUGCUAUGGAGGGGAGUUGGUGAAUUGUUUGGCCAAACAAAAAAAUGGAGGUGAGUUGGUUUUGUUUAGUUUCCUUUUCUUAAUUGCUUGUGAGAAAUUGGACAGUGUAAAAACGGAGUAGGUUUUGUAUCUUGUAAAUUUGAAUAAUGGGGAAAGGAAUGGGGGCUGUUGGUGCUCCCUGGUUUUAGAUUCUUACUCGGAAAAGAAUUUUUCAAAUUAGUUACCACAAUUGUAAUUCUGUUUCAGUUCAAUUAAAAAAUUUCUUUUUCUUGAGGCAUGGUUGCUGUCGUUUCUUUUUUUACCAUAUUGUUGUCUUUCAAUUGUCUAAUUAAUAGCCUUAAUAAAAGAAUUAUGGAUCCAUAAUAUUUUCCGUUUGUUCGUGAACUUUCUGAGAUUGGAGCUGAAAGCUGAUGUCAGUUGUUACCAGCAUGCAUUGGAUGGGUAUUGAUUGUUGGCCUAAAAAAACAACUAGGGGUGUUGAGUUGAAGAACAAAUUAUUGUAUGUGAAAAGCUGGUAUAUAUGAUCAUUCAUAUCUGCAACAGAGCACAAAGAGUAUGGAAGCUAACUCAUCCAACUUGAUUAAUUGGGUUGUUAGGUUAGCUGGAGUGCCUGGCCACGGAAACAGUUAGGCAGGUUACAGCGUGUUUCCCAAGGUGCUAAUUUCCUAGGUGGAGAGUAUAUUUCCCCAGUUUGGGAGAACUUCUUCCCUAGAGUUAUCUCCCUGGGGCCUAAAAAAAUUGGCCUCUUGAGAGCAUGGAUUUUGAGGUUUAUUUGUAAUUCAAUCAAUUGAUUUUAAUGUA